AUGGGCAUGAAAGUGUAUAGGUUCUCCAUCGCUUGGUCCAGAAUACUGCCAGAUGGGACGGGAAAAGUAAACCAGGCAGGCAUCGACUACUACAAUAAGCUGAUCAACUCGCUGAUAGAUAACGACAUAGUGCCAUAUGUUACAAUUUGGCACUGGGACACUCCUCAAGCACUGGAGGACAAGUACGGCAGCUUCUUAAAUAGGCAGAUUGUAGAUGAUUACAAACAAUUCGCCGAGGUGUGCUUUAAGAACUUCGGCGACAGGGUGAACAACUGGUUCACCUUUAACGAGCCACAUACAUAUUGUUGUUUCUCCUAUGGUGAGGGGAUUCAUGCUCCUGGGAGGUGCUCGCCAGGGAUGGAUUGUGCCGUCCCAAAAGGAGACUCGCUCAGAGAGCCAUACACUGCUGGUCACCACAUCCUCUUAGCUCAUGCUGAGGCUGUUGAGCUGUUCAAAGCUUGUUACAACAAGCAUGGGGAUUCCAAGAUAGGGAUGGCCUUUGAUGUAAUGGGUUACGAGCCAUUCCAAGACUCCUUCCUCGACAACCAGGCCCGGGAAAGAUCCAUCGACUACAACCUCGGAUUGUUCCUGGAGCCAGUUGUUCGUGGUGACUACCCCUUCUCCAUGAGAUCACUGAUUGGACAUCGUCUACCCAUGUUCACUAAGGAGGAGCAGGAGAAGCUAGCGUCCUCAUGUGACAUCAUGGGGCUCAACUAUUACACCUCCAGGUUCUCCAAGCAUGUUGACAUUUCGUCAGACUUUACGCCAAAGCUGAACACCGACGACGCUUACGCCAGUUCAGAAACUAAAGGGAGUGAUGGGAAUGACAUCGGUCCUAUAACAGGGACUUAUUGGAUUUACAUGUACCAAAAAGGCCUAACAGACCUCCUUCUGAUCAUGAAGGAGAAAUACGGAAACCCACCCAUCUUCAUCACUGAGAACGGAAUCGCUGAUGUGGACAGCGACCCAACCAUGAGAGAUCCUUUGGAUGACUGGAAGAGGCUAGACUACCUCCAGCGUCACAUCUCAGCCGUCAAGGACGCAAUAGACCAGGGCGCGGACGUGCGGGGCCACUUCACGUGGGGUCUGAUCGACAACUUCGAAUGGAGCCUGGGCUACAGCUCACGAUUCGGCCUGGUCUACAUCGACAAGAAGGACGGCAACAAGCGCAAGCUCAAGAAGUCGGCCAAGUGGUUCGCCAAGUUCAACUCCGUCCCAAAACCCUUGCUUAAGACUACCAAUAACAACGCAACCGUGACUGCCUCCGUUUCCGUAUGA